AUGUUGAUUCGAGUGACCGCGAUUCUUCUUUUUUUCAUCAAACGAGUGAAAGGAGUUUCAAAGGAUCUAUAUCCUUUCUCUUCUGCAUCAGCACUUCAAGAAGCUCGUGAACGUUUAAUCGCGAAUGUACAAUCGCAUCAUUUUUCUCAGGAAAUUGCCGAUUUGCAUGGGCGGAAUAGGGUAUCGUCAUCGAGUUGCCUCGUGUCUUUGUCUCCUUUCUUAGAUAACAACGGAUUGUUAAGACUGGGAGGUAGAUUGAAGCAUGCUGAUCUGGAUUUUAAUGAAAGGUGUCCUAUUAUUAUGCCAUUUGAUUCACCUUUGACUUCUCUUAUAGUCUUAAACGGACAUCAUUUUAUGCUGCACGGAGGAACCCAAUUAACUCUCUCUUAUUUGCGAAGGACAUAUUGGAUCCUUAAGGGACGAAUGGCGGUAAAAAAGGUCCUUAGUCGUUGUGUCAUUUGCGCUCGUUUUCGUGCAAAGACCUGUUCUCAAUUGAUGAGUCCCCUGCCUGCUCAACGUGUCACUCAACCUUCUCGCCCUUUCGCAGUAUCUGGUGUGGAUUAUGCUGGUCCUGUGUGGAUUCGAACUUCUAAAGGUCGUGGCAUUAGGGCCUCUAAAGGAUACCUUGUAAUUUUCGUUUGCUUUGCCACAAAGUCCGUACAUUUGGAAGUCUGUUCUGAUUACACUUCAGAAGGUUUCAUCGCUGCUUAUAAGAGAUUCUCAUCCAGAAGAGGUGUUUGUAGUUUGCUUCAUAGUGAUUGCGGUACGAAUUUCGUUGGGGCUGAUCGAGAGCUUCGUGAGCUAUUUAGGGAAUCUUCUUCUGUGUCUUUCGAAAUAUCUCGAUACUUGGCAAGCAAUGGAACUACAUGGCGAUUUAACCCCCCAGCUGCACCUCACUUUGGAGGAUUGUGGGAGGCUGCAGUUCGCUCGGUAAAACACCAUCUUCGACGUGUUAUAGGAGAAAUGACUCUUACUUUCGAGGAAUUGUCUACUUUUCUCUGCGAGGUUGAGGCCUGUCUCAACUCCCGUCCGCUUCAAGCCUUAUCUGACGAACCUAAUGAUCUGACUCCUCUUACCCCAAGUCAUUUUUUGAUUGGUUCUACGAUUUAUACCAUUCCUGAACCCUCAUAUUUUGAACACAAACUGAACUCUCUAAAUCGUUGGAGGUUGCUUUCGAAAAUGAAGUCCGAUUUUUGGUCGAGAUGGUCUUCCGAGUAUCUUCACGCUCUUCAAACUCGUCCGAAAUGGCACUUUGUUCGGUCCCCUGUUAAAAUUAAUGAUUUGGUGGUGAUUAAAAACGAGAAUCUUCCCCCUUCUAAGUGGGCUUUAGGUAGGGUUACAAAAGUACACGCCGGUAGGGAUGGUCUUGUUCGAACCGCUACGUUGAAAACCGCGUCAGGAAUGUUGACCCGACCCGUCGUCAAAUUAUGUAUUUUACCGAUUUGUGAUAAUUUGUAA